CCCGGCUCUGGACGCAGCCGCGCCCGCAGCCGCCGCGCCUCUCUCCGCAGAGCCCAGCGCCCGCCGCCGCGAUGCCCGCCCCGGCCCUGGCGCUGAGCGGCCAGGUGCUCCCCGCCUUCCUGCUCUGCAGCACCCUGCUGGUCAUCAAGAUGUACGUGGUGGCCGUCAUCACCGGCCAAGUGCGGCUGCGGAAGAAGGCUUUCGCCAACCCCGAGGAUGCCCUGAGGCACGGAGGCCCCCAGUUUUGCCGGGAUGACCAGGACGUGGACCGCUGCCUCAGAGCCCACCGGAACGACAUGGAGACCAUCUACCCGUUCCUGUUCCUGGGCCUGGUCUACUCCUUCCUGCAGCCCAACCCCUUCGUGGCCCACGUGCACUUCCUGCUCGUCUUCCUGGGUCGCAUGGUGCACACCGUGGCCUACCUGGGCAAGCUGCGCGCGCCCAUCCGCUCCCUGGCCUACACGCUGGCCCAGCUGCCCUGCGCCUCCAUGGCCCUGCAGAUCGUCUGGGAGGCAGCCCGCCACCUGUGACCGGCAGCGGACACCUCCGCGCCAGCCGCUGGCCGCCUGCCGCCGGGGCCCGGACUUGGGGAACCGGGCGUCCCUUCGAGAUGGGGAUGGGCCCCGGGACCUGGCUUCCGGCAGCCUGCUGAGCGUGGGCUCCUGGACCGGUGGCCCGUGUGUGUGUCCCUUGGAUUCCUGGGUGAAGUGGCCAGUUGGAACCGUUUGGAGAUGGCUGUCAAGAUUGAUAGACAGUGGCUCAGUGGUUGAGCAUCAGUCUCUGAACCAGGAGGUCACGGUUCGAUUCCCGGUCAGGGCACAUGCCCGGGUUGCUGGUUCGAUCCCCAGUGGGGGGCGUGCAGGAGGCAGCCGAUCAAU